GCCCUGAACGAAAUCGCAGCUUUUCCCUUGACCAACGCUUACCUCCACCGCUUCUUGUCCUUGCCCCCCCAUGUUCUGCAUUUUCCACCUUUAAAUGACUCAAUCUGCGACUACUACAGCCCCAGUUCACGCAUAUGCAACCAGAAUUCGCCAGAACAUUACCAUCAAGCCCUCGACACGUCUUCGCCAGUCUCCUGAACCCCAUCGAAAGCUCAGACCUGCCCCAGCACCAGCAGCCACUGAGACGGGCCUUCGGGACGACUACCCAGCAGCUCCAGAGACCCGUUUCCCAUCCCCUCACGUCGUCCUCCAUCCCGACGAUGCAACCAGCCGUGUCUUUCAUUCAAUCGCGCGGGCGCUCCUUUCCGUUGACAACCGUGCCGUGACGAUCAAAGACCUUGCCGAGAUGUGUGUGGCGCAGGGUCUGGCCUGCCAAAACGUUUCUGCCGCCUCCCAGGCCAUCACGACCUACAUACGUUCUCAUCUACAUCGCUGUGAGGUUCAACAGGAUCAGCCUCUUCUCCUCCGGCAUGUUCUAUCCGGAACUCCUUCCGAUGAUCUCCUCCUUCCCGCCCUCCAUUCAAAGUCGGGCGGUGCCCAUCAAAACAUACAUUCCGACCCUAAUACUCCUUUACGAUCAACUAAUUUCAGGAAGGGCACUAUGAUAUGGUACCUCAGUCGCGUCACUGGCGCCCCCUGUCCCUUCGCCAGAGCAGGAAUUCGGCUCAGCGACCAUGUCGACGUUUCCUCUACCGUCAAGGACAAGGAGGUCCCCAGGCGGAACAGGGAGACUCGUAGCUCUGCUGCCAUUUCAGAACGCUGUGGUCAGAAGAGAAAGCGCCGUUCACCCAGAGGCUGUGUGCGCGCAGCAAUUUCAGACGAUGAGGACUCGGAUCCUAGCGAGACUGAAACCGCUCCUCCUCCAAAGGUCAAGCUUACUCUCAGGCUGAAGCCUUUGGCGAAAUGUAUUUCAUUUGUCGCCCCUCCGUCGCUCCCGCCUCCUCCACCGCCUCCCCCUGCCGACAUUAUUGAUCUCUCCCUCUCUUCAGACGAUGAACAUGAUAAUGAAAUGCCUGUCGACUCGUCCGACGACAACUCUAACGACGAGUCUGAUUCAGAAGGCGAGGAUUCUCGUCCUUCGCAGGAUGCCGAUGAUGAAGAAUGGUCGAUGCAUUCAUAUCCGCGACGAUCAAUCUCUAUACCCCCGUACUCCCCAUCCAGCGACCAUCCUUCAUUUUCUCCCGCCUCUUCUUUCUCUCGAUUCAGACGCUCUACCUCAGUCCCCUACUCUUUAGCAUCGCCUCCUCCAGAUUCAGAAGAGGAUGAUGAUAAUACUUUUUCUACCUUCGGUGGCAGCCGGAACACCUCUUCCUCUUAUAUCAAUUCGUCUUGUGAUGAGGAAGAGGGUAAUUAUGCUUAUCCCUCAUCGGACUUUGACUCCGACUUUGAAGACAACGAUAACGAUGCCGAAACCUCCUUUGAAUCACCAGGUCCUCGUUCCCCCUUCUCUGCCCCUCCUCUUUUACUUCCCUCCAUUGUCAAACAAGAGCCUCGCGAUGUGCAGGGCAUCCUUGAUGCUUGGGACGACAUUGAUGCAUCUGGCAUACGUCCUCCCUCUACGGUUGAAGAAGUCAAAGCUACUCAGGUCAUUGGAGAAGCCGCCACCCAUAUGUUGAUGGACGUCGGGCGCAUACAUGAGGAUAACACAGUCAAGUUUGAACCUCAAGAUCCGGGUAGUGAUUGGGACAGUGAAUGUUACCGUCUCUCUUCGUCGCCGCUUGAUCACACCGUCAUCAAGCGGGAGGUCGACUCGCCCGAUCUCAAUCUCGAUCUGAAUGCACCCUUGAUGUCUUUUACGGCCUGGCGCAAUGGUGCAGAACUUCUAGUCUCCCCAACAUCGGCUACGUCGGCCAUCGCAAGUCCGUUUGACUUUCGUGAUCCGUUUACUCCAUUCGACUACGAUGAGCUCAGCUCGCCAAUGCCCCGUCGCGGCAGCGAGUCGGCGUGGAUGGAAGAUGAUCCGAGAGAGUAUGCCACGCUGCGACCACGCGCCAAAACCGUCGCUUCGCUUGGGGGUUUCUUCAAAGUCGAGGAUGUGAAGGAAGACGAAAGUCUUACGUCGCUCAUUGCGUCUUUGAAAAUGACUUCCCAGCCGCCUGUACUAUCACCGGAUGAGGUGAAGCCUGAAGUCAAAAUGGAAGACGCUUCUUUCUCUCCGCUGCCUGUCUGUGUGUCUCCGAAUGACAUACGGCUUAGUUGUGCCUCUCAGGGCUCCGCGAGCGGGAAAGAUGUCGUCGUCGUGACGACGUGUCAGCCGUGUGUGCCGGAAAUAUUUGCUACCGAUGUUGAGGGUAUCUCCGUUUAUCGAACGACUAUUGGUGAAUACACCGUCCUCCGAAGGAUUGACACGGACUUUGUCAAUCUGACCCCCAUAUCGGCGUACUCCCAUGGGCCACAACCGGUUCUCAGCACUAUAGCGUCUGCCAUUGUCAUUUCCAAAGGUUCCCCGCUGAUUCAAGGCACGUGGGUCCCUCUUGAUGUUGCGCAAGCGUAUGUCUGUGAUCAUCCUGUCACCAAUUCAGGUCUUCUUGAUGUAUUCCUCAGCGAUGACCUGUAUCAGCAGUUCCCUGAUGCGAUACGGGAGUUCGUGAGGCAUAGCAGGAAGACUCGACCACCCGGUUUCGGCAAAGGUUUUGUUAGUAUGAUGCAAGCAAGGGAGGUUGCUACCCAAUUCAAUGUUGUGCUGGAGGAGAAACCGUUGCCCACAUUAAACGUGGUCCUCGACGAGCAUAAGGCUGAAGCCGUGGUCAAAUAUGACGAGCCGCUCAGUGCAACAGAGCAAGAAAUGUUCCACGCCCUUUGUGUCAAUCUUGAAUGGGAAAAGGACGCAGAGGAGACCAGCAGUGAUCUACCGGUAACUUCAAAUCCACCACCUCCAGAACCGGAGCGGCCGAAAGAUGUGGACACCCGCCCAUUACGUCGUUCGAAGAGGGUAGCGGCUAUAGCCUCGCGGACUCGUUCGAGGAGGCGGGAAUCCAGGAAUCUAUCCUGA